AGACGAGCGUGGUGAACCGGUUCCGCGCCAUUCUGUUCUACCUGGUGACGCUGAUCAUCGCGACGCCGCUGUUCGUGCUCAUGCUCGUGGUGCAGCCGUUCGUGCUGCUGCUCGACCGCACCAAGCGCCGCGCGCAGCACGUCAUCAACAACGUCUGGGCCAACACCACCACCGCCGUCUUCUACCCCACGGAGGUGGUGGGCGUGGAGAACCUCCCCCCUCCGGACGCGCCGGCGGUGUACGUGGCGAACCACCAGAGCUUCCUGGACAUCUACACGCUGUUCCAGCUGCGGCGGCCGUUCAAGUUCAUCAGCAAGACGAGCAACUUCCUCAUCCCCAUCGUGGGGUGGAGCAUGUUCCUCACCGGCCACGUGCCGCUCAAGCGCAUGGACAAGCGCAGCCAGAUGGAGUGUCUGAAGAAGUGUCUGGAGCUGCUGCAGCAGGGCACGCCCGUGCUCUUUUUCCCAGAGGGCACCAGAACCAAGGACGGCAAGCUCUCAGACUUCAAG